AACACAUUAAAAUAUAUGUAUUAAAAACUGCGAGUACUCUGACGGCAUCUUUGGGGAAAAAAUGAGCAACACUAUUUGGUACAAUGUUAUGUUAGUUCAUGGAAGUAAUUGCGGCGACAGAGACAAAGAUGGCGUGAUUCCGGCCAAAUAGUGUUUCGCGGACCGGAGGGAGGACUAAAAAACGGGCGGAGAGUUUUUCAGUUCCCAAGUAUUUGUAGUGUUUGCAAGGGGCGGAGACAAGGCUGCAUCCACGGGGAGCUUAGCCGUGCGGAGCUGCCUCAGUGCGGGCGACCGCUGCUAAUGAGUUGGCUAACAAUAGUGCUAACAACAGUGCUAAUAAGUUAGCUAACAAUAGGCUUCUUCCGCGGUCCCACCGGGACUCCAACGACAAGUGACCCGCCUCCGGAGUUGUGGGAGUGGGCGAGAAACAACCCGAGGUGCCGACCUCCUCCUCCGCCGCCGCCGCCGUGAGAAUUGGGACGUUCCGGUUGGUUGCGUCCGUCCAUAUGGAACAAAGUGUGCCUUCCAUCGCGUAAUUUAAAAAAAAAAUAUAUAUAUAUUCAUCGUCUUCAGCGAACAUUACACUUCCCACCAUGAGGAGCACCGAGGAGGCGGAGGGCUUGGACGGCGAGGCCUCCAACACCUCCAUGAUCUCCGGGGCUGGCAGCCCCUACCAACCCACCACCGAGCCGGUCCACGCGAGGAGUAUCUUCGGGGGGAUCCGCUGCGACGUGGACUACCUCAAGUCCUACUUUGGCAUUUUAAAGGGAGUGGAAGUGGUCCUGUCACUUAUUGGAUUCAUCUGCAUAGAAACCAUCAUGAUGUGUUCUCCAUGCGGCGGCGUCUACUUCUUCGAGUUUGUCAGCUGUAGCGCCUUUGUGGUCACCGGCGCCCUUCUUGUGAUUUUCUGUCUCAACCUGCACACCAAGGUUCCCCACAUCGACUGGAACCUCACGGAUUUGGGCAACACGGCAGUCAGCACCUUCCUCUUCUUUCUGUCCUCCCUGGUGCUGGCCUGCAUCAACCACAACACUGGAGCCGAGAUCGCAGCAGUGACCUUCGGCUUCCUGGCCACAGGUGUGUACGGCCUGAACACUUUCCUGGCGGUACGGCGUUGGCGCCGCGGCGGCGGCGGCGGCAACCCCGGCGGCCAGAGGGCGACCCAGAGCAGCGAGUACAUGCGAGCGCGCACGGCCUCUCGCGGGGAAAUGGAGGCGCGGCCCGAGCUGGCGUAAGAAGGCGAGGAAAAAAGCAAAUCAGACGGCCGAGAAGGACGCCGCCGUGUGGAGUGGUGAACUCAGAUUUGGAGCGACAUCACAAGACCGCCGGCCGCGCUUCCUGCCCUCAUUCCUGAGCCACAGAUGUGCUCGGCGGGUUUGUUUAGCAGGACUCCAACACGAGCGUUCCACAAUAAAACGGAAGACUUUGGGGAAGAAGUGAAGGAAUGGAAACAGGAAGACUUUUUAUCCACGUGAGUCUCCCAGUCUGAGCUGAAGAUGAUGUCCAUGAUCCUCCCUGCAGUGACUCCUCCUACGUCUCACUGUGACACGUCCAGCCGCUGUUUGAGUCCCCGCCAUGAUGAUGACGACGACGGCUGACACCAGAAAUAUAAGUACGGUAAUACCUCAACUUACGACCCAACUCCUAACUCAAAACACUCGAAUCUUAAAUCAGUCCCGCUUAUUUAAAUGUAUUUAAUUUCAGUAUAAAACAUGCCUUUUAAAAAGAAAAUCUACUUUUAAUGAAUAAAUAUUGCUUGACAAACAUUAAAUUAAAACAGGGGUGGACUUUUUCCACUGAGGGCCACACACUGAAAAAUUUAAGCAUGCGGCGGCCGUUUUGAUAUUUUUCAUUUUUAAAACCAUUCGGGCUCCCAGGGACCCAAAUGGGUCUCAGUCUUUAGUGGUAAAAAUAAGUCAAUAUUAACAUUUAUUUUUACUUUCAACACUCAAAUAUAUAUAUAUAUAUAUAUAUAUAUAUAUAUUUAUAUAUAUAUAUAUAUAUAUA